GUUGUACUACCGGUGAAUUAUAUAAGCACUUCCUGGACAUCGCCGCGGCGUGACUUUGGAGGUUGUACGUGUCUGACUCUGCCUGCUGUUGCACGGAGGCUCAACAUGUUGCUCCUGUCGAACAGAGUCAAGUUUUGCUCCCUAGCCUUCACAGCGGCGCGCAUGUACAGCAGCGGACCCGUGGCAGCGAACCAGAACCCCACCGUGUUUUUUGACAUCAGUGCAGACAACGAGCCUCUGGGCAGAGUCACCUUCGAGCUCAAUGCUGAUGUUGUGCCCAAGACUGCAGAGAACUUCAGAGCUCUGUGCACUGGAGAACAUGGAUUUGGAUACAAGGGAUCAAUUUUCCACCGGGUCAUCCCACAGUUCAUGUGUCAGGGCGGAGACUUCACCAACCACAAUGGAACCGGAGGGAAGUCGAUAUAUGGGUGGAAGUUCCCUGAUGAGAACUUCAAGCUGAACCACACUGGACCUGGGAUUUUGUCCAUGGCCAAUGCUGGGCCCAACACAAACGGAUCUCAGUUUUUCAUCUGCACUGCUAAAACCGAGUGGCUCGAUGGCAGACACGUUGUUUUUGGCAGCGUGAAGGAGGGAAUGAACGUGAUCAAGAGAGUGGAGGCUCUGGGUUCUCGGAAUGGUCGGACCUCCAAGAAGAUCACAAUCACAGACUGUGGGGAGCUCAAGUGAAAUGUCAAAGCUGCCCUCAAGUCGUCUACUGCUGCAAUUCAAGUCUGUCUGGGGAAAAAAACCAACCUCAUUGUGACAAAUCUCUACGGGUAACCACUAACACCCUCAGCUGUGUAGGGAUAGAAAAUGUGAAUUUGAAAGUAAAAUACUUGAGAAAAAUCUACAAUA